CUUGAUCAUUCACUGCUCCGGAGGAGGUUAGUUCUGCAAUAUAAAUUACAGCUGUGAUGUACCCUAGUGAGAAGUGAACGGACUUCCCUUCUGAUGAAAGACUGAUUACUGAUUGGUUAUUAAAGAUAGGAACGAUGAAGAGCUCAGGUAUCUCCAACUGCUAAGGAAAGAUCAUGGAAACUGGACCUUUUCACAGAAUCCUGCGACCGAUUCUGCUCAGUGCUUUUAUACUGGGAUGCUCUGUGACUCUGUUUUUUUUGUAUUUUAAACCAACUACUAGCUGGUUACCAGGUCCCCUAGAGUCAUCAAUAUUAACAGAAUCUGACCUGAACCUUUUCUCUAACAAGAUCAAUAAAAAUGUGACCAUUGUGCUGAUCUGGAUGUGGCCCUUUGGAAGAACAUUCAACCUGAACAUUUGUAGCUCACUCUUUAAUAUUGAUGGCUGCUUCAUCACAGCAGACAAGAAUUUCUACAGUAAAGCAAAUGGGGUCAUCAUACAUCACCGAGACAUUAGAACUGACCUUUCCAAUCUCCCACAGUACAAGCGGCCAUCAUUCCAGAAGUGGAUAUGGAUGAAUGCAGAGUCACCGUCACACUCAUCCCAGCUGACUGGGUUAGAGAACCUGUUCAACCUGACUCUCAAUUAUCGUCAGGAUGCUGACAUUCAAGUGCCUUAUGGGUACAUCGUACCAGCAGAGAGUCAAGAAAAUUUUAUACCACCAAAGAAAAACAAGCUGAUCUGCUGGAUUGUGAGCAACUGGAACCAGAACCACAAGCGGGUGAAAUAUUACAAUGAGUUGAGCAAACAUGUGGAGAUUCAAACAUAUGGACGAGCCUUUGGGAAGUACAUCUCUGACCAAGACUAUUUCCCCACCAUCACCAGCUGCAAGUUCUAUUUGGCGUUUGAGAACUCCAUUCACAAGGACUACAUUACUGAGAAAUUGUACAACCCACUCUUAGUGGGGACAGUGCCAGUGGUUCUUGGCCCACCCAGGCAGAAUUAUGAGAACUUCAUCCAGGGAGAUGCCUUCAUUCAUGUGGAAGACUUCACCUCGCCCCAGACACUGGCAGAUUACCUGCUGCUCCUGGACAAGGAUGAGGAGAUGUACCUCAGGUACUUUGAGUGGAGGCGGGACUUUAAAGUAAAAAAGGCGUAUUUUGGGGCUGAGCAUAUAUGCCUGAGCUGUGAUUAUUUGCGUAGGCACAAGGAGUACAAAGCAUUCAACAACCUUAACAAGUGGUACUGGGGUGGCUAGUGCUUUUUAGUAGAAGGAGGGGCUAGGGUGCAUGUGAUAGAGCAUAAUAAAAAAAAAAACAAUGUUCUGUGUACUUUACAACUGGCCUACUAACACAAACUAGCUCCUCCCUUUGUCCCUGUGCUGAGAUUUCUGAAUGAACUGAUAUUACUUUUCUCUUCAUGCCUUCACAAAUACACAUUCUGUUCUGUGCGUUAUUUUGAUCGAUUUAGAAAUUACCAUAGUAAUAAUGGCAGUUAAAAUUA